CAGCAGCAGCAACAGUGGAGGAUCAUUUAUCACAGGUUUCCAGCCACAGACAGACAGGGUACAACAACGGACCGCUACUGGAUAAAGACAAAGUUAACAGGGAAACCGAUGAUAUUUAAAGUGCACCGUUGUCUUUUAACGUCAGGUAUCAAAGAAGUGCUUUUACCGGGAAGUUUGCUACUCAGAGCAGCGACCACUGGAGCAUGAAAGCAGAUGUGGAGGGAGAGCAUCGACCUAAACUUCACUGAUUCUUUACGCUGGGUUUAUGCUCACUUCACCGACUUAUAUGCUUCAAACCUGUAUCUGUUUUCCUAAAGAAGCUUGUUUUAUUGGAUCGUAGUUGUUUCUCCGCUCAGGGACUCACUAAAUCUCACAACUUUGUAAAGACAAAAGCGGGUUAUUUUAGUUGUUUCCAACAUACACAGAGGACAGAGAAGACAGAAACUUGGACGAUAGGAAAAGUGGAUGUAUUUUCAGCCAUGGAUGUAACAGUUUACCCACCUCCUCCUCAGCCUCUGGCCGUGUCAAGCCACACCAGGUUAGGGCAGCCCUCCUACCCUGAUCCGGCCUUUGGGCCCAACAAGCUGGAUGGGGACGCCAUGUUCAGGAGUAUGCCAGAAGCAGGCCUUGACUUCCCCUCAACCAAUCAGUUUCGUCUGCCACAGCCCCCUCACGCUCUCUACAAGGUGACGUCACCAAACCAAUCCUCACAGCACUGGAGGAGGGACACACACAUGACUGACACACACCGUCUGCCUUGGACAUACUCAGUGGGUGGUUUGGGUGAUGAGGACUUCAACAUCCCACCUAUCACUCCCCCCAACCUGCCAGACCACAUGCUGCCCCCCCAUCUCCCUCAGGAUUCCCCCUCUGGACCGUACCCACCUCUGGACGUUCCUCCUAGCUCAGCUCCACACCACCUCUACCAGCUGCAGGGCAUGGAUCUGCCUAGCGUGCCUGGUAGCCAAGAUGGAGCUGCUAUAUUGAACCAAGAUUGUGGCACGUUCAGCCCAGAUGUUGGCCCAAUGACCAGUACACUAUCUGUGAUGCAGCAGAUGGUUAACUCGGAUUCUCGGUUUACCAGCAGCCAACAGCCAAUUGAAGCAGCUCUGGGACCCAGGAGCCAAUCAGGCAUGAUUCAACAAAGUCAGUUGUCUACCAUCAAGCAAUCUCAGCUGGGGCUGAGUGGGAACUCCAUUGCCCAUAAUUCUCCUUCACCCCCUGAAAGUAAAUCCGCCACACCAUCUCCCUCCAGUUCAGCACAUGAGGAUGAGAAUGAUGAUGGACUCAGGCACGGUGGUGGAGCAGAGAAGCGGCCAGCAGCAGUAGAUAUCUCCAAGAAACCGAAAACACCAAAGAAGAAGAAGCGAAAGGACCCCAAUGAGCCGGUGAAACCAGUGUCUGCCUAUGCCUUGUUUUUCAGAGAUACCCAAGCCAACAUCAAGGCCCAGAACCCCAACGCCACUUUUGGGGAGGUGUCAAAGAUUGUGGCGUCCAUGUGGGAUGGCUUGGGAGAGGAAGAGAAACAGGUAUACAAGAAGAAGACAGAGACAGCUAAAAAGGAGUAUUUGAAACAACUGGCUGCCUACAGAGCCAGCCUGGUCUCACAGAGUUACAGUGACCCAUCUGAAAUGAAGCUGCCCCACUCCUCCUCCUCGUCUUCCUCUUCUUCCUCUCCCUCAAUGUUUACACCCAAACCUUCAGUCUACCCUGGUCACCCAGGCCAUCACCCUUCCUCCAGCUCACUUGCCCACCCACUCCCUCUUGCUCCCCCUCAGCACCCGGGCAUGUACAUGUUGUACCCUCACCCAUCCCAUCCUUCCCAUGCCUCGAGCCCUGGUCUUGGCCCCCACCUGUCUCCUCCUCACACCCAGCUCCAUCCCCAGCUCCAGGGUCUGUCCUCCAGAGGGACCAUGCCACGGCCCAACAUCCCCCACCAGGGAGCUCUAUCCCUCAGCAGUGUGGUGGGGGCAUCCACCCCUCCUCUCCAGGUCACCUCUCCCCUCCAUAGCCAGACACAGCUGGGAGGACUGCACAGUCCACACCAUCAGCACCAGCAGCUCAGUGGACACUCACUGGGAAUGGCACACUCCCCUGCCAUUACACAGGGCUACCUCCCCUCCAUCCAGUCUGACUACCAGCCAAUAGGAGGAGGUAUGCUUAAUGGUGGAGCAGUGAUGUCAUCAUCAGUGGACUACCAUCAGAUGGGGCGACACACACCAAAUAACAACCCCUCUCUGGACUGGAGCACUGAUUACCAUGGCAACGGAGGUGUUCAGAGAGACAAAUCUCUGUAUCUGAGCUAAUCUCAGGACAAAUCUCAACCAGGGCCUUGAACUGCCACAUCAUGGAAACCUCCAGCCUCACCUCUACACGAAAAUAGGCCAGUUUAGUCCAACCUUAACCCAAGGAGGACUCCACCAACCAAGAGACCACCUAAACCUGAACUAAACCUGAGUUCAACAACUCCAAACAAACAAAAUGCUAAGCAGCUGAAAGAUGGAAUAUUAUGUGCACUAACACUCUCCUGUGUGUCCUCUGAGGGACAACAGGACAGUGCUAUUACAUCUAUUACUGGUUUUAUCUUUUUCUCCUGAUCAUUUACUAUAAUUUAAUUUAAAUUGAAAAUGUUUACACCAGCGAGGAGCGGUGGGCAGGCACUGUGCUGUGAACCAUGCUAAAAGAUGUAUGUACCCCAAAUUCUGUCGAAUUUCCAGAAAGCCCUGAAAAAUUCAUAUCAAGUUUCGCAUUUAGUAAAAAUGGUGUUUACAAUAAUUUCCAAAAAGGCUCUGAAGAGCAGGUGUAAAUUCCUGUAACAUAAAACUGUUUAUUUCUCUUUGACCUCAUAAUUACUAUAUCCUUCUCCAACCAAAGUCAGAGGUUCACAUCACACAAACGAAGGGUUAAAAACCAAAUACAACAGAUCCUCACAAAAUGUUUCCCCAAAUUAUAUGAAACGAAGCCUUUGAUUUGAUGCAGCACUGACUUAGGUACAACACAGUUUGUGUAGAGAAAACAAACAUGAUGAUUCUGACUGUGAUAAUAAGUGUAUUCACACUGCCUUAUUCAGCUAAAGAAAGCCUGUUUGACUGUGCACUGGCUGAAUAAUUGUGUAUGAUUAAAGAACUCUGAUUGUUAUCUCACAGUGAGGCUCAGAUCUGCAGGAUACAAAUGUAUUUUAAUCCUUGAAAUAAUGAAAUAUCAAACAAUUCUUUGUUAAAUAAAAAGAAACAC